AAUCAAAGAUGAUGAGUUUGAGGGUAAAGUGAAGAGUUUCCUAAGAGGGUUUGGUCUUAUAUCUCUUUUUCUGUUUUGCCUUUUUGCUAGUCAUUGACAAGGAAAGCCAGUGACUUUCAAAGGGUUUUUUCUUUUUCCAUUUUUAGGGGUGUGUGUAGAGGAGGAGGGUGCUAUUAAUGGCUUUAGCCUUUUAGACAAGGCAACAAUAUCAACCCUGGAUGGUGGAAAAAAUUUGCUAUACUAUUUGUUACAGUUACCAACUGUAGAAUACUGAAUCAUUCUCUUCUAAGUUCAUGAUGGGUCAUCAUCAAGAUCUUCACUGUUCAUCAUCCUCUGAUGGUGGGGCUAAAAAAAUGCCAUUUUUUAGUGAUGAAGCUAGUCUUCUUCCUCCAGUUCCUCCACCUCCUUCAGCAGCUGUUGUAAGGAGUUUGCAGCCUUUUGAUGUUGCUACCAACUCCCAAGGAGGAAUGGCAACUGCACUGGGGUACCCUUUUACAUGGGCACAGUGGAAGGAACUGGAGAGGCAAGCUAUGAUUUAUAAGUACAUGGUCUCAGCUAUAUCUGUUCCUCCAGAUCUCCUCUUAUCAAUUUGCUCUGGAGCUUCACAUACUACAUCGGCUACUGGAUCGGUACAAGGCCAGCGAUACACAACAAAUAUAAGGGAUUUAGAGCCAGGAAGGUGCAAAAGAACGGACGGCAAAAAAUGGAGAUGCUCGAGAGAUGUAGCUCCUCGUCAGAAGUACUGUGAGCGCCAUAUGCAUAGAGGUCGUCCCCGUUCAAGAAAGCAUGUGGAAGUUCAUGCCGGUGUUAGCAACGCCAGUGACAAUAAGAAGACUCGCCUUCAAGUUGAAUCUACUGCCAUGGCUGUUACUAUACCCACCACACCUGCUAGUCAAAUCAACAACCGUUCAACAAAGCAGCCUCUUAGAUCUACCUUUCAACAAAUUCAGAGUCCCCUGUUUUUCCAUGAUGAUAAGAUUGGGGGAAAUGGAAAUAUCUCCACUGAUCCCUCUUUUAAUGAACUACACAGAAGUUCGGGCUGGAUGAUGGAAGGUGAGUUGGUAGCAAAGGCUGAUUCUGGACAACAAUGGCAACAUUUGAUGGACUCAAAUGCAGGUUACUCAGCGCAUGGCUACAGGGAAGAGGCAUUGAAUUUUUUGGCAAGUAGAGAUAUGGAAAGAACUGAGCACACCGGUGAGUUCAAUUUCAUGACAAAUCCUGAAUUUGUAAAAGAUAACUCUAGGGACUUGAUUAACGGAUGGUCCAAUGAUAAUGUCUACAACAAUAGUAACAAUGAGAAUAUGGAGGCUUUGUUGUGGCCAUCGCUAGGGUAUAUCUCGCCAUCAUCUCUUACUUUGUCUAUUGCUAUGGCUGCUGGUGAUGUCCUUGAUGAGGAUAUGGGAUUGGAUAGUAGAUUCAUGAAUACUAAUCAGCACAAGUUUUGGGACAGUUUCCCUUUUGCGUCUGGAGGACCAUUAGCCGAAGUUCUACAUCCUAGCUCAUCUUUUAGUCUUGGUGACAACCCAACCUCAUCAUACACAAGCAAUGGCGAUUCGAUCAGCCCUGCAGCAACGACCGUCUCAUCACCAUCUGGGGUUCUUCAAAAGACGGUGUUUUCUCACUCUGAUGGCAGUGUUUGCAACAGCCCAAUUCUCGCAGCUCCAAGUAAUAUUACACCUGAAACUGUUCAAUUCCAGUGGUUAAGAUAG